UAUCUUUAUCUCUAUCUCUGUUUCUCUCUAUCUCUCUAUUUCUAUAACUAUCUAUUUCUACAUAACUAUCUAUUUCUAUAUCUCUAUCUCUCUAUCUAUUUCUUUAUCUCUAUCUAUCACUAUCAAUCUCUAUCUAUCUCUAUCUCUAACUACCUAUUUCUAUAUCUCUAUCUCUCUCUCUAUCUCUCCUGUGUUUUACUUCAGGCCAUCCAGACAGCCGGUGUGAUGUCAUGACGCAGCGCCGUGCUGUCAGCGGUCCGACAGGUAACGUCCGCAGACCAGGUGAGGAUGAACGGACUGAGUGGAGGGAAGCUGAGACGCUCCGCGGCUCCUCAGGGUCUACGUCCAGGUGUUCCUCCUGUCAGUUCACCUGCCAUCUUUGUGACUUCGACCAAGCUGGGAUGUGAAGCAGGACGUCAGAUGGAGUACCUGGCAGCCAUCCGAGUCCCGGCGAUGCGGAGGCUCAUCCAGGUGUCGGACGGUGUCUCGGUCCACCUGAAGAAGGAUCUGAUAGACAAGCUGCUGUACCGGACCACAAUGGGGCUGAGGGUGGGGGGCGUGGUCUACUGCCUGGUGGCCCUCUAUGUCGCUGCUCAGCCCAGCAACAAGUGAUGUCGCCCUGCUGCUGUGCUCUGAUUGGACCAGAGGUUUCUGUGGAGAUGUUCACCAAGCUUUAUAGAAA